GCGCGCGAUCGCGACCGUUAGAAAAUUGCGCCAUUUUUCUUUUUUCAGUUACCGAACGAGUUGAAUUGUUUAGGGGAAGAAAAACGGCCGCGCGGGAUAAUCGGACGUGCGGAAGGGCGGUCGUGUGAUAGUGUGCUUGAUCACGACGGGGUCUUAUUGAAGUCCACGAGCUGGUUGUACAUCUGGAGCAGGAUCUGAGAGAACGAUCGUCCACGUGCGCGCGGGACCCCGAGUCACAGCGCAACGGUCAGCGUGCGUCUCGCGCGACGGUGACUGGACUGGCGGAGGAUUGAUCAUCGAUCGAACGAGACCUCGAGAACGGGCAUCCACAGAGUGGAUUCGUUCGUGUCGUCGCGCGAAUCAUCGUGAUCGUGCAUCUCUUUUGAGCCGGGUUUUUCGCUCCAUUUGGGAUCGCGAUCUCUCACACCCGCGAGACAAAAUGUCGGUGGACGCGCUGAGCGAUUCCGAAUUGCGGUCCAAGUUGAUGGAGUAUGGUUAUCCGGUAGGACCGGUGACGCAGACAACCCGCAAGAUACUCGUCAAGAAACUCAAGAACCUCAUCGAGACUCGUGGAGCAGCAGGCGGAGGAGGAGGAGGAUCUCGGCAUUCGUUGGCCGCGAGAUAUAGCAGCGACGACACAGAUGAUGACACAAAUACAAAUGUUGUUAAGAAGAAGAAGAGUGCUAAUCUACGCCGGCAAACGUUGGCAAAUCCUAUGCCUCCACCUUCGAUAAUUCCUCCUGAUGCUACAAGCGUAACAAAAAAUCCAGUUAAGGAGAAUCUAUCGCCACCACAAGCUGAAUUCAAGGAUCCUAAUACAACAAAUUUUGAUAAUUCGGGCGUGCCUUCCAUGACUCGUAUGACUUCAAAAACCACACAAAGCAAAUUUUUCAAGACACAGAAAACAUAUAUAUCUGAUGGUUUAGAGACUGGAUCAGAUUCGGAUGCUGUGGAGGAUGUUGGAGCCUCGUAUGGACGCUCGUAUGAUAAAUAUAUGUCUAAUCCGAGCAAUAGAUUGUAUGAUUCUCGAUAUGAACGUGGAACUCUUGAUUAUGAUCAAAUCUCGAAAACCAGACCUAUUCAUGUAACGAAGGAUAGCAAGUACAAUAUUUCUCCUUUAAAACCAAGUAUCUCUUCUAUUUCGCCUACAAAGGAGGAUGUGAGUGGAAGAGACAAUACAAAUCAGAGGGAUCUUCUUGCAAACUAUGAAACUCCAUUUUUAUCAGAGUUUACAAGGAGACUGAGUUCACGGUCUUCGAUUAACACGAGUACGUCAUCGCCCACAUUGCCGAGUUUAAAAAAUCCUACAUUACGCUAUACUUUAUCAUCUGGUUUACCAGAAGUCAAGGAGAGAGAUUCAAAUGGUCACUUCUCUUCCUUACGGACCAUAUAUUCAAGUCAACCAAGACAAACGCUGUUUAGUUCGAGAUACGGUGCAUCUUCUGCCGAUAGAGUUCGAGAUAUUUUCAGUAGAACGUCCUAUAAACCAUCGACAACAAGUACGAAUAGAGAUGAUGAGCGAAACAAUCAGAAUAUUGUAUCGAUGGGUCUCGUGGCAGUACUUGCCCUAUUUUUUGUAGUUCUUGCAAUAAUAUAUUUGGGACUUGGUGGAAAAACUGAAACGCUUCCAUCGCUUUCAUCGGAUAACAACAUACCUCAAUGUUUCCUCGAUGCAGCUACCGAUGCAGCACCCGGGGUAAAUUGCAUAAUGAAGGAAAAUAUAGAAUCCGUAUUGCAGCUGUUAAAGCGUCUGCAACCUAUCCUAACAAAAACGAUAUCUAAAAUUUGCAAGAAUUCGGAUGAAAAACCAUAUUUGACUGAUGCAGAGAUCGUGGAAAUGUUUACAAACAGUAAAGUAACGAAUCUCGAGGUGAAGGAAGAUCUGCGCAGUGCGCAAUUUUUAAUCAUUAAGAAUCCGAAAUGGGGCAUCUCACUUAUCGAUAUAAACGAUGAUGGAGCAACCAUGGAAACAUUGGAUACUCUGGAUAAACUAUUUUCCGCCCGUCUAAAUGGAAAAAUUGGAAUGACGAUUUUAAAUCCUGAUUUACCAAUGCAAUGUCUCAUUAAGAACAAACUUUUUACCAUCUUUUCUUCUCUUCUUAUAGUGGCAAUCGGUAUCGGGAUUUAUAAAUCGUAUCUUUGGUAUUUAAGAUACAAGAAAUGUACCGAAAGAGAGAUAUUUAAGCUUGUUAGUGAAAUUAUAAAUAUCGUUGAAACACAUCAUCAAAAUGCGUCUACGCAACCCGGCGUGCAGGAAAGUUUUCUUGCUAUAAACCAUGUGCGAGACAAUCUUAUUCCACCAAAAGAUCGUAAAAGAAUGGUCAAUCUCUGGGAGAAAGCAGUAAAGUUUUUAGAUGAGAAUGAAUCCAGAAUUCGAAGAGAAGUACAACAAGUGGCCGGCGAAGAGUUUCAUGUAUGGCGAUGGUUGCCGAAUAACAGUUUAAAUAAAUCUUCCAUACAGAAUACGAUUAUGGGUAAGAAGCCGAAAGUCUGGCAGGGACAAGCAUUCGAAACGAUGGAGGGAUCAGUUAAUAGUUUGACUUGCUCGCCGACACCUUGUCUGAAAAUUAGACAUAUGUUUGAUGCAGAUAUUGAAACCGAAGAUGACUGGGAGACGAGAGUGCAGGAUGCUAUUUUAGAAAAAUGCGGAGAAGGUGUGAAAAUACUUCACAUUCGAGUGGACAUUGGUAGCCGUGAGGGUUGCGUUUACAUGAAAUGUAUGUCGCAAGAAGAUGCUGGCAAAGCUUAUAGGGCAUUACAUGGUUGUUGGUUUGAUGGUAAGUUAGUGACUGUGAAGUACCUGAGAUUAGAACGUUAUCACGAACGAUUUCCGGAUGCCGCUCGCUGCGUAACACCUCUCAAGCCAAGUAACAAUCAACGAUUAUCUAUGCAGGCGCAUUACUGGCAGAGUCCGGCGGAAGCAAAUUAACAAUUUAUUUUUCUGUUUGGACAUGGAGAGGAACGCGAAUUCACAUUUAAUGUCACACAAUUAUCUAUUGACCAGAACUUGCGGAAUCUGUCUACUUUCUUUUUAUUGUUCCAUGAUAAAAUAUUUUAUGCCGUACAGUGCAAAUACAUAUAACAUUGACACUUCUAUUUCAUAAGAACAUAUUCUUUUAAAUUUGCUUACUCUUGUGUAUUAUAUUAUAUUUUGUAUCUUUUAUAAAACAGAGGAGAUACAUGUUUUUAAUAGUUGAGUAAUAAUAAUAAUAAUAAUAAUAAUAACAGCACACAGUAACAUUAAUCUUAAGUAUACUUUUAACGAGUUGUAAAAAAUAUUAUAUUUUAAUCUGAGUUAUAGUAAUUUCAAGUAGAGCAAUAUAUGUGCGUAAGCAUAACGUAUACUGCAUUCUCUAUAGGCCUAUCCAAAUUAAUUUGCGUAAGUUAUAUAAAAUAUGUAUAUAUAAAAAAAAAA